AACAAAAAACUAGUCGCAGUUAAAAGCAUAUGAAAUUACCCAGCACCAACGACUUUAUCAACUGUAUUUCAUGAACUGCCUUGAACCCAUUAUUUGUUUUCCAUGCGGACAUAAUACGAACUGAUGAAAUGCUGCUGUCGAACAUACGGCUAAUUUGGAUGGUCUGGCCUCUUCUUCAUUGGGCGAGUUUAACCUUAUCAGAGUCGUACCUUGAACACCGAAGGCUCGCUCUUAAUGAAAGGACUCCACAGGGUCAGGAAUUUCCAUGGCAUUCAAUACGACUUCCACGCACUCUUUUGCCCACCAGCUAUAAAAUCACAUUACAAACUGAUUUGAAAUCAUUCAAUGUUAAAGGGAAUGUUACAAUACGAGUUAAUUGUGAAAAGCCAACAACACAUAUUAUUCUUCAUUUAAAAGACAUGAACGUAUCAGGGACAACCGUGCUUAAAACUACACAAGAGAGAGAAUUCUUUCCCCUUUUAUCAGCUGGAAGUGUUAAAGAACUGGAGCAAUCGAGGGUAAAAAGCGGAAGAAGAGGCAAGGAUCGCGAUAUAAGAGUCACGGAGACAAUGCAAAAUAGAACUCUUGAAAUGUUUCUCAUUGAAGUAAGUGAAGAGCUCACGCCACAUCAAAACUACGCAAUUUACAUCGAAUUUGAGUAUCCACUGACAGACAAACUUCUCGGAUUUUACAGAAGUUCUUACAUGACAAAAAGUGGUGAGAAAAGUUAUCUGGCAGCUACACUAUUUGAGGCGACUUUCGCUCGAGCGGCGUUUCCAUGCUUCGAUGAACCGGAAAUGAAGGCAAAGUUUUCUGUUACCAUUAUCAGGGAAGGAAAAUAUUCUUCUCUCUCAAAUAUGCCCCUCAUGCAAACGGUGAAGGUUGGAGAUGAUUUAUUCGCAGACCAUUUCCAAGAAUCAGUUAAAAUGAGCACAUACCUGGUGGCAUUUCUUGUGAGCGACUUCGCCCACAUAGAGACGACAACGAGCGGUGGUAUUAAGGUUCGUAUUUGGACCCCACCAUCGCAACUGGCUCAGGCUUCAUAUGCACUGGAUAUUGCUUCAAAUACUCUCUCAAAUUAUGAAAAAUUCUUCCAGAUAAAAUUUCCUCUUCCCAAGCAAGAUCUUGUUGCUAUUCCUGACUUUUCGACCGGUGCUGAGGAAAACUGGGGGCUAAUCGGGUUUACCAGCUCAAUGCUCCUCUUUGAUCCUAAAAAGACAUCAGAUGAAUUACGACAAAGUAUUUGCGAGACUGUAACACAUGAGUUGGCUCAUCAGUGGUUUGGGAAUCUCGUAACUAUGAAAUGGUGGAACGAUCUUUGGUUGAAUGAAGGUUUUGCUACAUUCAUGGAAAACAUGGGAGCAAGCUUUGUUGAACCUAACUGGAGUAUGAUGGACCAAUUUGUCGUGAAGAAACUUCAAGUGGCUUUCAGUGAAGAUCAGUCGAGUUACUCUCAUCCAAUCUCAGUUGAUGUAAAAGAUCCCAAGGACAUUGACAGCAUGUUUGACUCUAUAUCUUACGAAAAGGGAGCAUCUGUAAUACGGAUGUUAAAGAAUACUAUUGGCCAUGAUCACUUCACUGCUGGUCUGCGGUCAUACCUCCAAAGAUAUUCCUCUAGCAACGCAGAUACAGACGAACUUUGGUUAGCUUUGUCAGAAAAAAGUGGCAUUAACGUAAAAGAAGUUAUGGACACCUGGACACUUCAAAUGGGUUUACCAGUUGUUACUAUCAGGCGCCUGAACCAACACAAGGCGACCGCUGACCAAAAAGUAUUCCUUAUCGAUCCUGGUGCCAGACCACAAAAGAGUUCUCCAUUUAAUUAUACAUGGAACAUUCCGCUGACUUAUGAAACUGAGAAGGACAACACAACCAAACAUGUUUGGCUGAAGAGGGGAAGUGCUUCGCUUGAUUGGUCAAAGACAUCUGGGUGGAUUAAAGCUAAUGUUGAUCAGAUUGGUUAUUACAGAGUUAAUUACGACAUCGACAACUGGAAAGCUCUUAACAACCAACUUAACACAGACCAUACCGUAAUGAGUCCAGCCGACCGCUCUGGACUGAUUGAUGAUGCAUUUCAUCUGGCGAGGAGUGACGAGCUCGGAUAUGAACUAGCCUUAGAAAUGAUUGAAUACAUAAGGAAUGAGGCAGAGUUUUCACCGUUAAUAACUUUCUUACGAAACAUGGAGUACCUUGGCGACCAGUUUACUCUACGCAAGUCUUAUGAUGUCUUUAAGAGAUACAUGCUUCAACAACUUCGACCAUCAAUAAGUAGACUGGGAUGGAAUGACAAAGGAACGCAUUUACAAAAAAUGCUGCGUCCAAAGAUUCUCUUUAAGGCUUGUGACUAUUCAGAUCAGGACACCAUCUUGAAGAUCAAGAACAUGUUUAAACUUGCGAUGGAAGAGAACAAAAUGAUCCCAUCAAACCUUCGUUCUUUAGUGUAUUCAGUUGGUGUCAAAGAAGGUGGCGCCGAAGAAUGGAACCAGGCUUUCAAAAAGUACUCAACUACUCACGUCGCCUCCGAAAAAGAUAUUCUUUUGGAUGCACUCACUUACACAAGAAAUACUCAAAUGAUACAAAAGUGCUUAAAUUAUUCGUUGGAUAAGACAAAAAUUUCCCCUCAAGACACACUUUCAGUAAUCAGCGGGGUGGCGUCUAACCCCGAAUCAUGGAAAAUGGCUUGGGAUUUUUUUCGUGAACACUGGCACAUUCUGAACGAAAGGUAUAGUCGUGGAUCCGAUGAAUGGCCAGUGUUGAUUGAAUCUUUGAUGUUUAAAUGCAAUACUCCCGCACAACUGAGCCAGGUUAAGAAAUUCUUCAAGGAUUAUAAGCCCACAGACGCAGCCUAUCGCCAGGUGAAAAUGGGAAUAGAGCGAAUCCACGCAAAUAUACAUUGGCUCAGUCGGCAUGAGGAAGAUGUUACCAACUGGCUCAAUCAACACGUGCAAAUCUGAUAAAAGAGACUGUUACAUAUAAUGCACAGUUUAAUGGACAAAGCAAAAAUUAUAGAUUAUGUCAGCUUGAAAAAACAUCAGACUCUGUUUGAUUAGUAUCGUUUUGUCAUUUUAAAUGAUAUCAAAAAGUUGGUUUGAAUCGAUAUGACUUUGUCAAAUUUAGACCCUACAAAAAAGAAUCUACGGAGAGUGAAAUCUCGCCAAUUCUUCAGACACGGGCGGUCAAAUAAAUUGUUUCUGAAAAGUUUACAAACUAUAUGAAAUCAAAGACUUUCGGAGCAAAUUCAGCUGAACUCUAAGUGAUGAAAAAAAAA